GGAGCCAGUGUAUCAGAGUGCACAUGUCCAGUCUGGUUUAGAGAAGACUUGACUCAGCAGCAAUGAUUAGUCUGAUUGUACUCACACUCCUGGGGGCUGCAGUGGCAACUCCACUGGAGGACAGGAUUGUGGGGGGUUAUGAGUGUAAGGCUCACUCCCAGCCCUGGCAGGCCUCUCUGAACAUCGGCUACCACUUCUGUGGUGGCUCCCUCAUCAAUGACCAGUGGAUCGUCUCUGCUGCCCACUGCUGGAUUAAUCCUUGGAGUCAGCUUGCCAUCUUGGGGGACCACCACAUCUGGCAGCACGAGGGCACAGAGCAGUACAUGUCUGUAGAUGCCAUCUACUGGCAUCAGAGCUACAACUACCAGACCUUAGACCACGACAUCAUGUUAUUGAAGCUGGCCCACCCUGUGACAGUCAACGAGUUUGUCAAGCCCGUCGCCCUGCCUACUGCCUGCCCCAAUGCUGGGGACAUGUGUGUGGUGUCUGGGUGGGGGAACAUCUACUCUGACUCUGUGUUCAACCCAUUUAAUCUCCAGUGUUUGGACAUCCCCAUUCUGUCCAACACGGCCUGUGAGAAUUCCUACCCUGGCCAGAUCACUAACACCAUGGUAUGCGCUGGAUACCUGGAGGGAGGCAAGGACUCCUGUCAGGGUGAUUCUGGUGGUCCCCUGGUUUGUAAUGGACAGCUGCAUGGCAUUGUGUCCUGGGGUAUUGGCUGUGCCCAGCCCAACUUCCCUGGUGUCUACACCAAGGUCUGUUCCCUGCUGCCAUGGAUCCAUGACAUCAUCACCAACUACUAGCCUGCCCCAUCCCAACCACACAGAAAGAUAGUGAAGAUUUUGUGCAGGUAUUGAUAAAUGCAAAGGCGUUGUGCAGGUGUUGAUAUAUGCAAAGAGACAAAGGGACAUCUUUCCAAUAAAGUUAUUACAUCUUUGAGUCCUAA